AACAAACCAAUAACCAAAAUAUCAGAAAAAAAAAAAAAAAAAAAACAAAAUGGGAUCUUCAUCAAAGAACAUCGAACAAGCUCAAGAAAGUUGUUAUCUCGAGUGGAUGAGUUUGCAAUCUGAACGCAUCCCUGAGCUCAAACAACUCUUAGCUCAGCGACAAUCUCAACACGGGGAUAAAGAUAAUGAUGACAAGCUCCGUGAGUUAACGGGAAAGAUCAUCGGAGAUUUCAAAGAGUACGCCGGAAAGAGAGCUAGUCUUGCUCGCCGGUGUAGCUCCAACUACUAUGCACCGUCGUGGAACACUCCUUUAGAGAACGCUCUUAUUUGGAUGGGUGGUUGCCGACCAUCUUCGUUCUUUAGGCUCGUUUAUGCUUUGUGUGGCUCACAAACUGAGAUCCGUGUCACUCAGUUCCUUCGUAACAUCGAUGGCUACGAAUCUUCAGGUGGUGGUGGCGGUGCAUCACUUAGUGAUCUAAGUGCGGAGCAGCUAGCUAAAAUCAAUGUGUUGCAUGUAAAAAUCAUAGACGAAGAAGAGAAGAUGACCAAGAAAAUCUCAAGCCUACAAGAAGACGCGGCGGAUAUUCCCAUCGCCACCGUGGCUUACGAGGUGGAGCACGUCGGAGUGCCUAACACGGUAGUGGAUCAAGCUCUCGACAAGCAAGAAGAAGCUAUGGCCAGUUUAUUGGCCGAGGCCGAUCAUCUAAGGGUAGAUACUUUAGCGAAGAUCGUCGAGAUUCUAUCGCCGGUACAAGGGGCCGAUUUCUUGCUCGCCGGGAAGAAACUUCAUCUUUCGAUGCAUGAGUGGGGAUGUAUGAGAGAUAGUCGCCGUCGUGAACAUAUGGUUGACGCCGAAGGUGAUGCCGGAAGAGAGGAAGUGAAGUAGUCUUUAUUAUAUUAGAGAUGAUAUAUAUAUAUA